CGAAAAGGCAAAGUAACAUCCAGACCAGAGAACACUUAUUUAGCAGCAGCAAGCCUCUACCCCGCUCUCUUCUGCAUCGGCACUUGAGGAAUCCGAAUUCUUUCUCUGUCUCAAUCACCGCUCCAGUUUUUGCAUGAGCCUAAAAUCCCGGACCUGAGUUCCUGGCCGAUAAUAUUCAACCGAACAAUGGCAUCUCGCGAUCGAGAAAAGAUACCACCACACCCUUUCCCACUGGAUAGUACUCGAAGAACCAUUUUCGAUGAAUUCGGCUGUCGCAUCUAUGGCUACCCCUCCACCGGCGGAAUAAUAAUCCGUGUUAACGCCGACCUCGUCGAGCUCAAACAGCUCAACUUCGAUCCAUUAAACCCACCUUCAACCCGAUUUUCCGACCAAGAGAAAGAAGAUGCCUUUUGUGCCGAACUCAGGAAAGUAGGUGGCAAAUGGUGGAGUAAUGAGAAGAGGUUUCUGGAUGUGCCUUGGAAGGAUUGGGAUGAGACGCAGCCGACGGAUGAGGAGUUGAGGAAUGUAUGGUUUGGGUGGCCGAAGGAGGGAGGAGUGCUUGUGUUGCAGUGUGAACAAGAUGAGAGACCGGAUGAUAUUAGGAGGUUAAGGAUGGCGGAGACGAUGGAGGAGAGGUGUUGGAUUUUGAGGGAGAAGUUUGGUGCGAGGUUUUAUGAGGCGCCGGCGUUGUAUGAGGGGCUUGCUGAUUUGUAUCCUCGAUGAACCAAGCACAUGGGAUGCACAAUAAGUCCGGUCAGAUGCAAUGCAGCCACGGGGUUUGAUAAAUACGGCGCGAACAUCCACCGCAGAAGUGCUGCAUACGCCUUCAAAUUCAGCGAGAGAAGGAAAGUGCCACUGGUGCGGAUUCUAUUCGUAGAAAUGGGCAUGUUGCUGCUUAGGGAUUCGGAUUCGGCAAAGAAAGGGGAGCCAAAGGGGGCGGAAGGGGGCGGAAGGGGGCCAUUUCGGUUUGUGUUAUGCUGUAUGCGAGGAGCUACAAUGACAUCCGGAUCAGGAAGAGAACGGGAGCCAAGGGGCCGAUGGCCUCGAACUCAAGAACUAGACCGAUAUUAACCACAUUAAUAUAGGGACUUAUAAGACUGGAUUAAGCCAUACUAACGAGCAAGUCGUUAGUAUCUUUAUUGGAG